AUGGUGACCAGUACAGAAGAUCUCAAAGUAACAAUAACAGGAGCAACUAUAAAUAAUGUACAUUCAAUAUGUACACCAUCAACAACAAUAGAAACGACAACAACGACAACAACAAUAGAAACGACAACGACGACAACAACAAUAGCAAAGACAACAACGAUAACAAGGAUUGAUACUGUCGUAACAUCAUCUUCUACAGUGGCAACAGUCACAGAAAUUAUAGAGUCAACAAUCGAAAUGAUGACAACUCAUGAUGGAGAACAAAAUACACCAACACCCGGUGACAGUGGGUCAAAAAAUACACCCGUUUUAGCGAUUGUUCUUGGCGUAUUAGGUGGUGUUGUUGUAGUUUCUGCUGUUGCUGCCUUAUUCAUUUGGCAUUCUAAAAUAUUAAACCGUCUUGGUAUUAAACAAUCUAAUCGCAUAACAACGGUUCCAACUUAUAGCGCGGCAUCAGACGGCACUGUUCAAAUUAAUGAGAUGACAAAUGAUGGCACACAUCUAUUAUAA